AUGUCACCACAAAUAAGAAGCAUCAUCGGCACCUUCGAUAAUGAAGAAAUGAUAAACUUUCACCACCAUCGCAUCAAAGUCGUCGCCUCUAAGAACCCUAACCCUAACCAACGUUCACAGCCACCGCCAAUGGCUCAAACACCAUUAUCGAUUGUUGUUUUGAUUUCCAAGCUCAUCCAUUCACAUCUCAUAUUCGUAUUUAGCACCAUACUGGGUAUGCAAUUUAUGGAGUAUAUUUCCAUAGAGGAGGAAGUGGAAUCUGGAUUUUGGCUUAACAGAUUCGAUUUCACAAUCUCAUCGGAGCCUUUGAUUGUAUAACAAUAUGUACUAUAUAGUGAUUCACACUCAUAUGUUCAUAUGUGGAUACUUACAAUGAUAACAGUGGUGAAAGCAUAUGGAGAGUAUUUGAUGAAGAAGU